CCACCCCCACCUCUUUCGCGGAGGCGGCCAUGGCGGCGGUGGCCACAGUCAGCUCCGCGAGCGGGAUCCUCGCCAUGCUCCAGGAGCCGGCGGAGGAGCUCAAGCUGCACGCGCUCGCCAGCCUCAACGCCGUCGUCCACCUCUUCUACCCGGAGAUCUCCACCAGCAUCCCCACCAUUGAGAGCUUGUAUGAAGACGAGGAGUUCGACCAGAGACAGCUUGCUGCACUAGUUGUUUCUAAGGUAUUUUACUACCUAGGCGAGUUAAAUGAUUCGCUAUCCUAUGCACUUGGUGCUGGACCUCUAUUUGACGUUUCAGAGGAUUCAGAUUAUGCUCAUGCUCUUUUAGCCAAAGCAUUAGAUGAAUAUGCGAGUUUCAAGACUAGAGCUUCUAAAGCUACAGAGGAAGAAGAAAGCGUGGAUCCCAGAUUAGAGACCAUAGUGGAGAGGAUGCUGGAGAAGUGUAUUCUUGAUGGUAAAUACCAACAGGCCAUGGGUAUGGCUGUUGAAUGCAGGAGACUGGAUAAGCUGGAGGAAGCAAUUGUUCAGUGUGAUAACAUUCAUGGGGCUCUUUCGUAUUGCAUCAACCUUUCUCACCAAUAUGUUAGUCACCGCGAAUAUCGCUGUGAGGUUCUUCGCUGUCUUGUUAAAAUAUACCAGACUUUGCCGCAUCCAGAUUAUCUGAGCAUUUGCCAGUGCCUUAUGUUUUUGGGUGAGCCUGAAACUGUUGCAAACAUAUUGGACACACUGCUUUCUGGAAGCAAGGAUGAUGCUCUCCUUGCAUACCAAAUUGCUUUUGACCUCGUGGAAAACGAAAACCAGGCCUUCCUUUUGAAUGUGAAGAAUCGUCUGGACGCACGGACUCCUGCUCAGUCUAACCCUGAUAGUGGAUCAGCUUUACCGGGUGAUCAGACUGCUAACUUGGGUACAACUAGCACAGAACCAGCCGGUGAUGUUCAGAUGGGAGAUGACACAACAACAGCUAAUGGAAAUGCUCACCCAGUUGAUCCAAAUGAAGCAGUGCACGCUGAUAGGCUUGCAAAAAUUAAAGGAAUACUGUCAGGGGAGAAGUCUAUUCAGCUUACGCUACAAUUUUUGUAUACCCACAACAGGUCCGAUCUUCUGAUUCUGAAAACAAUAAAGCAAGCUGUGGAAAUGAGGAACAGUGUUUGCCACAGUGCAACUAUUUGUUCCAAUGCAAUCAUGCAUGCAGGAACAACUGUAGAUACAUUCCUAAGAGAGAAUCUGGAGUGGUUAAGCAGGGCAACUAAUUGGGCUAAAUUCAGUGCAACAGCUGGACUUGGGGUCAUCCAUAGAGGCCACCUUCAACAAGGUCGGGCUUUGAUGGCCCCAUACCUACCUCAAAGUGGAGCAGUUGGCGGUGGCAGUCCAUACUCAGAAGGCGGUGCCCUCUAUGCUUUAGGUUUGAUUCAUGCCAACCAUGGUGAAGGAAUCAAACAAUUCCUCCGUGAAAGCCUUCGCAACACCAGUGCAGAGGUCAUUCAGCACGGCGCUUGUCUGGGACUUGGGCUCGCCUCUCUGGGAACAGCAGAUGAAGAAGUAUAUGAGGACAUAAAGAAUGUCCUUUACACAGACAGCGCUGUGGCUGGUGAAGCAGCUGGUAUUGGCAUGGGUUUGCUCAUGGUUGGCACAGCUAGUGAGAAGGCUAGUGAGAUGCUUGCUUAUGCACAUGAUACACAGCAUGAAAAGAUUAUCAGGGGUUUGGCACUUGGCAUUGCAUUGACAGUGUAUGGCAGGGAGGAGGAAGCUGACACCUUGAUCGAACAAAUGACUAGAGAUCAAGAUCCCAUACUACGUUAUGGUGGGAUGUAUGCAUUGGCUCUAGCCUACAGAGGAACGGCAAAUAACAAAGCUAUCCAUCAGUUGCUGCAUUUUGCUGUAUCGGACGUCAGUGACGAUGUUCGUAGGACUGCAGUUAUGGCUCUUGGAUUUGUUCUAUACAACGAACCUGAGCAGACUCCAAGAAUUGUGUCCCUGCUCUCUGAAUCAUACAACCCACAUGUUCGUUAUGGUGCAGCUUUAGCUGUUGGGAUAUCAUGCGCAGGAACUGGGUUAAGUGAUGCCAUUUCCUUGCUGGAACCUCUCACAUCAGACGUCGUUGACUUUGUACGCCAGGGGGCCCUAAUUGCUAUGGCAAUGGUCAUGAUCCAGACUAAUGAAUCAUUUGAUUCUCGUGUUGGAACAUUCAGGCGUCAGUUGGAAAAGAUUAUUCUUGACAAGCAUGAGGACACAAUGAGCAAAAUGGGUGCCAUACUUGCUUCUGGUAUUCUAGAUGCCGGUGGUAGGAAUGUGACAAUUAAACUUCUCUCGAGGAACAAGCAUGACAAGCUCACUGCUGUGAUUGGCCUUGCCGUUUUCAGCCAGUUCUGGUACUGGUAUCCUCUGUUAUAUUUCAUCAGCUUGGCCUUCUCACCAACAGCCAUCAUUGGUCUCAACUCUGAUCUGGAAUUGCCAAAGUUUGAAUUUGUAUCACAUGCUAAACCAUCUCUCUUUGAGUACCCGAAACCGACAACUACGCAGACUACAACUUCAGCAGUCAAGCUGCCCACAGCUAUUUUGUCGACUUAUGCCAAGGCAAAAUCUAGGGCGAAGAAGGAUGCAGAAAGCAAAGCUAACCUGGAGAAGACAACAGAAGCAGAAAGCAAAGCUAACCAGGAGAAGGCAACAGACGCAGAAAGCAAGACUACCGGGGAGAAGACACCGGAAGAUGCUUCCGGUUCUACAUCAGCAAAGGCAGCUAAAUCACAGGAGAAGGACGGUGAUGCAAUGCAGGUUGAUAGUGCAGCAGAGAAGAAGGCUCCGGAACCAGAACCGACCUUCCAGAUCCUGGCGAACCCAGCUCGUGUCCUCCCUGCGCAGGAGAAGUUCAUCAAGUUCAUCGAGGACAGCCGAUAUGUCCCUGUGAGACCAGCCCCUUCUGGAUUCAUCCUCCUCCGAGACACGCAGCCCACUGAGCCUGAGGAACUCGUGCUCACCGAUGCCCCUGCAACUGUGGUCUCGAGCACUGGCAACGCCGCAGCGGCUGCAGGGCAACCGGCUGCCAUGGCCGUCGACGAUGAGCCCCAGCCGCCUCAACCUUUCGAGUACAACACUUUGUAAUCCAUAAAAUAGGAAAACUGUCUGUGCUCAUUAGUUCAUUCAACCCUGCCACACGUUGCUUAUUCCUUUUUUCGAGUAUGUAUUAUGCGGAAAUCUGUUGUUUGUUGGAAACUUUUGUAGAAUCAUCACUUCAUCAGUAGAGAAUUUAACUCGAACAGGGAUUACAGGCUGAGUGUUCUUUGUGAACUUUGGGCAUCUGAACAUGUCUUGCGCUGUGAUGUAAUGUGCUUAACGUUGUUGGCAUUAAAUAGCACGGCUUUGGUCCCAUGUUGCUACA